AUGCAGUUCCGCACCCUCCUCGGCCUGGCGCUCACGCUGGCGUGUGCCCAAGCUAACAUCGACCCUGCCACCUCGAACAGCAAGGGCAAGAAGCCAAAGACGGAAGGAUGGUGAGCUCUGUCUUUCUCUCUCAAGCCGUCUGGACCACAGCUGAUCAGGGAAUUGCGUAGCUCCGCCGAAGAGACCUCCACCGAGAUCCAAGCCGCCGAAUGCUCCCAUAACACCCGCACGAACGCUCAGACCUUUGCCGUCUUCAAGACUGACCACAGCAAGGACUCCGUCCACGGGUAUCACCGCCCCCAAUAUCUGCUUGCGUGUGCACGUUUUCGUUUGGCUGAUGUGAUGUGAUGCAGUGCUCCAUACGGUACCUGCCAGGCCUACACCUGCACCGCCCCGACCGAGCUGGAAGCCGACAGCGACUACUGGACGUUCUUCUGGAACAGCGAUGGCGACAGCUCGGGCGUUGGGACCGGAUGCAUCCGGUCUCCGUCCACGGGCGAGUGUGGGUGUGAGAACAGCAGUGGGACUUUCAUUGCCGGCAGCAGUAGCUGCACCUAA